AUGACCGCGUCGCCGCGUCCUCGCGCGUGGGCGACGGACGACGACACCCCGGGCACCGAUGCGGGCGCGGUCGACGCGGUGACGGUGACGACGGAGGACGCGUCGACGCGGGAUGGGGACAAAGAUGUCGACGCGACGCGCGUCCCGAGACGCGGCGCGGACGACGACGGCGGCGACGGCGCGCGCGACGGCGCGACGGACGACGACGAGGUGGGUCCGAGGUGGUGGACGAAGGUCGAUCGCGCGCCGAUCGGUGCGCGCGGGGUGGAGGUGGUGAUUCCGAGAGGGCCGUACGGGCGCGGGCGAGACGCCGCGGCGGCGCUGAAACGGCUCGCCGUCGCGGAGGGACGAAGCGUGAAGACGUGCACGACGAGACACAGUGGGUCGAGGGGUGUGCUCAUGUGUAAAGGCGUCGAGGACUUUAAGAAGAGUGGACGGCGCGAACUCCGGCCGGGGCGCGACUGCGCGUACGCGGCGGUGAUCGAGCGUUGGAAGUGGAAGCGCGACGGCGCGCCGGGGACGUUUUGGAUCACCGAGUACGUCCCGCACACGCACGCGUUGUGUACAUCCUCAAAGUCGCUCCCAUCGAAAGCGAUCGCGGCGGAUGCGCGCAUCAAUGCGUUCAUCAAGGAUGCCGGCGCGAAGGUGAAAGGCGAGGCGAUCGCCUCCGCCGUGCGCGACGCGUUGGGCGUCGCCAUAACAAUGCGGGAAGCGUCGCGCGUGAAACACUACGCGCUUCGUGAGGUUCGCGACGACGACGAUACGCCUCUGAAGCCACCGCCAUCUUAA